AUGUUUGGUAUUAUUAUCAUUGGACUAUUUUUAAAUCAAUUUUUAUUUAUUUAUCCAUAUGGUGAUUGUGGACCAUUUUUUAAUAGAUAUAAUCCUAUGUUUUUACCAAUGGGAGGAAAUUUUUUACCAUGUAAUAAUAUAAAACCACAAAUAAUACCACAACCAUCUGUAAAUAAUAUGAUUCCUAAUUAUACACCCUGUACAAAUUGUAAUCCUUUACCACAAGAAUAUCAAGAAAAUUAUCCUCAACCACAAAUUACACCACCAUUUUUACAUCCACCACCAUUAUCAUUAAAACCAAUUACAAUUAUGUCACAGGAAGAAAAUCAACAAAAUCCAUUAUUAUAUAGAACAAUAUAUCAAAAUUUAUAUCCACAACAAUUACCAUCAACAAAUAGAUUUUUAUCAAAUUGUAAAGAAUGUUUUGAUAAAUUAACAGUUUUAAAAUAUUUACAAAAUCGUAAUAUUCCAGAGGGUGAUCCAAUAAAUGAACAAAAUAAUAUACUUAAAAAACCAACAAAAAUAAUAACAGAAUAUGAAAAUUCAGGAGAAAAUAAAAAUCCUUUUAUACAAUCAUUAAAACAAGGAUUAAUAGAACAAGAAACAUAUGAUGGAAAUUUAUAUAAUAAUGAUAAAAAAGAUAAAGAAAAAAUUGAAUGUAAUGUAUUUCCAAAUACAACAUAUUAUUCACCACCACCAGCUACAUCAUCAUAUCCAACAAAUGAAUGUUGUGUUGAUUGUGAAGAGGAAUGCCAAUAUAAUAUAACAAACACUGAUAAUUUUAAUAAUAAUAAAAUAUCUAAAAAAAUUAGACGUUUAUUAGCUAGUCAAUCCCUCAAUACAGAUGUUAAAUGUACAAAUAAACAAUUAAGAAAUAUACUAUCUCGUUAUAUAGGAUCAGAUGCCAAAAGUAGUGUUAAAAUAAUUCAAAAAGUAGGAGAUGAGACAUUGUUAGAGGCACACAAUGUUAUUUGUAGUGAAGGGAAAUUUUAUUACAUAACAAGAUCAUCCUCAUUUUGUCAAUUAACUAUUGGAAAUGUUCAUUGUUAUAUUUUUAGAGUAAUACCAUAA